AUGACGCUGUUGAGCGCCCCAGUUGCUGUAGCUUUUCCUGUGAGAAGGAAGAAGGCGUCCCCUCGCCCCUCUUCUUCUCAUAGGAUCAGCCCUUCCCCUGAGAAGGAGUCUUCUCCUUGUGAUGCAGCAACAGUUAGCUUCGUUGAGAAAGAGGCUGAGUCGCGUCGACGUAGGAAGGACUUGAUGGCUGCUUCUUUUCGUCAGGAAGCUCGUCAAGACGUUCGUCAGGACGCCCGUCGGGACGCACGUCGUUCUGCUCGUCAGGACGUCCAGCAGGACGCCCAGCGAGACGCUCACCAGGACGCCUGUCUCGACGCUCUUCGUACUGCUCGUCAGGACGCCCAGCAGGCCGCUCUCCAGGACGCUCGUAGCAUCGCUCGUCAGGACGCUUGUCAGGACGCUCGCCAAUGCCAGGACGCUCGUCAGGACACUCUGCAAGAUGCUCGUCAGGACGCCUCCUUUGCAGAUCUUCAGGACACCUCAGAGGCUGUUGUAAAAGACAUCCAGCCUUGUGCGGAGAGUUCUUCUUCGCAGCGGAGGUCCCUUUUGAGAGUUGGGCCUAAAGGUCUUAGACCUCUCACUUCCGUGGAUUCUUCUGUUGCUCCCGUGGAAGAGGGAGAGUUAGGCAGUUCGUCGGAGGCCGCAGAUGAAGAGCAGAUCUUCUACGUCGUCUUCUUCCUCAGACUACCAGGUCUUGGCUCGCCUUCUUCGUGA